AUGGACCUUACCUCGUGGUUUCAGCCAUAUCUUCUGAACCUGACAGGCAUGCCCUUUGGCCGACAAUGUCGGGGUAGAUUACCUUACCUGCUCAUUUUGAUGCUUCAGCACUAUAUUGUCCAAUCGAUACUGUCGUCUUUUACUUUGCCAAACGCCAAGGAACCGAUCCUUCCCCAAACAUCGUCACCCGCCUUUGAGGAGCCAGCCAUGCUAGGCGUCAUGGUGUAA